AUGAAGAACUCUUUGUUGCUGUGUGUUGCCUUGGCUGUCUCCUUGGGGAUCAUCCUUGUGGCAGGUUACCCAGUGAGCCCCAAAGAUGAGGAGUACGUGCUGGUCAAUAAUAAGUGUCAGUGUGUAACAGUGACCUCCAAGUUUGUCCCCUCCAAAGAAAAUCCUGAUGAAGAAAUCCUGGUGAGAAACAUCCGCAUUAUAGUCCCCCUGCAGGCUCGGGAGAACAUCUCCGACCCCUUGUCCCCACUCAGGACCACUUUUAUCUAUCGCAUGAGCGAACUCUGCAGAAACUGUGAGCCCGCAGAAGUUGAGCUGGGCGGGGUGAUGCACCAGGUGCAGCAGGGUAACUCGUGCGAGGAGCCGCAGACGUGCUACAUGUACGACAGGAACGAGUGCUACAGCUCGCCCGUGCCGCUGCUGUACCACGGGGAGGUGCGGCACGUCCCGGCAGCCCUGACUCCCGCCUCCUGCUUCGCCUAGUAGCUCGGCUCUGCUGUGGCACAGCCCCGCAGCACCGCUGUUCCCACCCAAAUGCAUUAGAGCACCGCAGCAGCUGGAUGGCAGCGCCCCAAACGGCAGCUCCUGCAGCAGCCCCCCUUGGCUCUUCCCACUGCACCCUCAGACCCGCGCCAUCUCCCAGCAGCAGCUCCUGCUCUCCAUCUCCCUUCUCACCUCCCUGCAAUGCCACGCUGUGUCUCAGGCCAUUGAGCCCGAUCCCCAGCAGAUACAAGGCAGCCAUUCCCCACAAGUCCAGGGAACUACACUCGUUUCCAUGGGGAAGCUGUCCUUCCCAGUCUCCUGUGUCUCCCCCAGCAAGGCAGCCAUCAGCAGCAGUGUCUGUGCCCUUCCCUCCCUGAGCACAACCUUCAUACAAGGCUUUGGAUGGCAUUAGCAGCAUUUAUGCCCUUAGAAGAGAGUUGUAAAACCACAGUUGAGAGAAAAGAUGAGGACCCUUCUAGCACCUGGACAUCUGCAAGCUUCCAGCAAGUUGUCCCAGAUAAAGAGAAGAUCAAAAGACACUGCUACCCUGAAGUGUUUUGCAAAGUUGCCAAGCCUUCAACUGUGCCGGGAAUACUCAGUUCUUCUGGGAGAUGUUGGGCAUUUCACUUUCCCUACUGCUUCACUGGUACUGCUGCCUUCUUCCACCCCUGCUCCUGCUUCAAGUGGUGAAAAACAAAAAAUCAGGUUGGCUCAGAUUACUUGUUCCUCAUCCUGCAUUUAAAACCUCAAAAAAUUCUAUGAAUGCAAUAUGAACUGCUAGAGCACGACCCUAGUUCAUGAUUCAGAAUUGGAGUAAUGAAACAGCAAAAACCUUAUUCCCACAAUUGUAGUUUUGUUAGUGAAACAUUCAA